AUGGCAUCUGCCCCGCCCACCUACAACGACCCCUCGUCGCGAAAGACGUUCACAAUCGGAACCCGCAGCUCUAAGCUUGCUCUUUUCCAAACAAACCUGGUUGUUUCGGCGCUGAGGGAUACAUGGCCAGAUUAUUCGUUUAAAAUUCACUCGAAGGAAACUGCCGGUGACCUGAACACAACUAUUGCUUUCCGCGAGUUCACUACCAAGAACCUCUGGACUGAGGAAUUAGAGGAGCUUCUGACUGCUGGCCAUGUGGACUUUAUCGUCCACUCUUUGAAAGAUGUGCCAACCGUCCUUCCUGCCUCGUGUACCCUGGGUCCUAUGAUGAAGCGUGAAGAUAGUAGAGACGUUCUCGUUAUGAAGAAAGGCUUGCCAAAUGGGGGUCUUUCUGACCUUCCUGCGGGAUCAGUUGUCGGAACCUCGUCCAUCCGUCGCACUGCUCAGCUCGCUCGGUUAUACCCCCACUUGAAGGUUAUGGACGUGCGUGGAAACAUUGGUACUCGAUUGGCAAAGUUGGAUGCGGAGGAUAGCCCAUAUUCCUGCAUAAUCUUGGCUGCUGCUGGUUUGCUGCGGCUAGAUCUUGGAGACCGCAUCUCCCAAUAUCUCGAUUCGAAGAACGGUGGAAUGCUGUAUGCGGUCGGACAGGGAGCUCUUGGUAUUGAAAUCCGCAAAGAUGACCAGGUUGCCCAUGGGAUGCUGAAAAAUAUUGGCCACGAGGAAACAACUCUGGCUACUUUGGCCGAGCGAAGUUUGCUGCGGACCCUCGAAGGUGGUUGCAGUGCACCGUUGGGAGUCGAGACUGAGUGGAUUCAGGGAUCUGACGGGUCACGCCAAAUUAAGAUGAGAGCUAUUGUUGUCAGCGUGGACGGAAAAGAAAGCGCUGAGGUUGAGAUUGAUGAAAGUAUCAGCUCACCCGAACAGGCAGAGAACUUCGGAAUUACAGUAGCCAAAGCCUUGGUAGAGCAGGGCGCAGGGGCAAUUCUUGAAGCCAUCCAGCAGAAUAAGAAGUCAUCGUGA